AUGUCUAUUUCACAAGGACGUCUUGAAGAAUUAGAGGUAUUACGAACUAAAUUAGAUGUUUCUUUCGAUAUGUUAACCAAGUCAAUUCAAGAGCGUCAUGCUUCUAGGAUUGGAAUGAAUGGGAUUAAGGAUAAGGCAGUUUCAGAGAUGAUACUUAAACGUAAAUUAACACAAAAGAAUUUUCGAAAAGUUGGCGAGGAUGGAGUUUCAUUAUAUCCAAUGAUCUCAAAAAAGGAGAAUUUGAAACGUACAAACAAAAAUGAAAAAGAGGGAGAAGAUUUAAAAGAAGAUAGUAAAGCUUCUAUAGUCUCAAAGAAAUCAAAGCUAAACUCCUUGUGUUUAGAGGUUGACUCGUCGAGUAGCGAUGACGUAUCAUCAAUAACAACAAUAACGAAUUCUAAGAAGCAAUUGGGAAUUUGUUAA